AUGUCGGGUGUCAAGAACCUCCGGGCCAUGUUCGAGCAGAAGCAGGACGCGAGCCCGCCAGAGAGAGGACUCGAUCGUGGAAGGUCACCAGGAGACUCGUCAACUCGAUCCGAGACGCCUCCCCGACCUCUCUCCAAAGUUCGCACAAAUUUCAUUGCAGUCCAAGAAAAAGACGGUCGCAUAGGACUGAGACGGGACCCCAGCGACGACGGUUCCACUCGCAGCUUGUCACGACGACGCCUCAGCGUCAACACGGAAGAAGGCAGUGUUUCGGCCUUUUCAGAAAGGACAAUGGCAUUCACCGAGCCUAUCCCUGAAUCGCCACGGGCCCCGGAGACGAUAAUGUCGUCCCACGGAGCCAAUGGCACCAAUGUCGAUUCUACCAAGCUAUUGGAGCUCUUCUCCCAGCAGAUCCUACAGAAAGCCCCCAUCCACCUGUCGGCCAUCUCAACCGACAAGGCAACCAAAGCUGCCACGACCACCACCAAGACGCUUCGAAAGCAACGCUCUAGCAUCAACCAGUCGAGACCCAGCCUCGGCCCGCCUCCCAAGAAGGCCCAAGAUCACCCCGUCACCAAGAAGGAGCGUGAGGUGGACGAAGGCUUCCUCGCUCGCAUGAUGAGGCCCACGCAGAGCUCUAGCUCCAAGCUCAGCGACAAGGUGCCCAUUACCCCGCCUCGCAAGGCCGCCCCCAAGAAGGACGCGAGCUCCACCAAGGCCAGCACCUCGACGACGGCCAGCGGGCGCAAGAAGAUUGGCCAGCCUGCGUUUGCCGCCACGGGGAGCCCGGGACAGAAGAAGAUUGCCGACACCGAACAAGUGGCCCUGGUCGAAACGGCCGAGGACGCCAUCAGUGUGGCGGCUGCAGCGGGCAUCGAGGAGCCUGCUGAGGCCAGCCCUGCGAGAGUGGAGGCUGAGCCGGCCAAGGAACUCGAGCUUGAGCCUACCGUUGUCGAGGAGCCCGAGCUUGAGGAAGCCGCGGUCGAGGAGACGGCUGCCGAUGUUGAGGCUGGUGCCAAGACAGAUGCCGCAGCAGAAGAGGCUAUCCCCGAGAGCGAGCCUGCUUCUGCCUCUGCCGAGACAUCUCCCGCUGAAGAAGAUGCGGCCGAGGUCCUGCCUGCUGUCGAGGACGCUCCUGUCGAGGCGGUCGCGGUUGUCGAGGACGAAGAGGAGCCGAAGGAGCCCGUCAUUCUCGACACCAUCACGCCACCCCCUGACCUGUCAACGCCCGAGGCCAAAGGCCAUUGUGGAGCAGGACGCUACAGAGGUCGCUGA